AUGCUUGCCAAAAAGAGAGGUGCAUAUGGGCUGGUGCUCAAAGGAUUCCAGAGUACACUGUCCAUAGGAAGAACUUCGGCUAGUAUUUCAUACCCGGUUUCAAAUGAGGUAAGUAGGGAUGUGAAUCUAACCGCGGACCCACCUCUCUCGUCUCGAAAUGAUUUGAGUGGUAGGCUCUCCGACAGAUAUGAGAGUUAUCUUCCAAAACUAUACCAGAAGUCAGAAAGAAAAUAUAUUUCCGAGCUAUCUAAUGCCACCGCAAUUCAGAAACGUCUCGCAACCAAAGAGCACCUGAAGUUUUUAAUCGAAUUCGUUCUGCGAUGUAAAACCGAUUCCGCCUACAUUGUGGAGACUUUUCCCAAGGAGUUUUCCGUAGGAGACUAUUCUGCAUUUAUCAACGGUCUGAUUUCCGAUAAGGACGCUCUAAAUCAGCUAGAUAAUUUGUUUCCGGGCAUAUGUGGACCGGAUAUCAUGUUUCACCUUUUCGAAGUAUAUCGGACAUUUCUUGUAAAUGUACAUUUGAAUCCUCUACACUUGCAUGAUCUGAACAGGUUUAUCGAGUACUUCAUCAAUUCAGCCCAGCUGUCAAAAGCGCAAGAAAUUCUCCAGCUAAUACUCGAUAGAAAUGAAGGCGAACUGCCAUGCGAUAUUGCGACCGCAAUUCACUUUCUCGAAUUACGAUGUGGUGCAUUAAUUGGUAAUUGGAGAUUCACACCUGCCAAUUCAAAGUUGAGCAAAAAAUUGGGCUCUCGUAGUCAGCACUUCAAAGCGGCCAAUAGCUACAAGGCAUUUGAUCAAAAAGUUAUUGCUAAAUUGGUCAAGAGUCUCAAUAAUUCGAACAGCUUAUGGGCUCAAAAGAGAAAUUGCGAACUUGAUUCAAGUCUACUUUAUGCAUUGACUUACAUGGGCCAACUCAAUUUACUUAAAGAACAUAUCGAAGGGACAUGGAUGCUUUCAUCGACUACAUCAGCAAAUGAGAUCCCAGCUAACUUAUACCCCACUUCAGAUUUGAUGAUUGCGAUCCUCUCCUGCUAUGCAAGCAAGAGGCAAUUUUCUACAGCUUUAGAGCUUUUGGACAAGUUCAUAGUUACAUUUCCUGCUUUGGAAUUAAAUACUCUCUUUUGGAGAAGACUAUUUCAAUGGAGCACAAUGUUGUGGAAUAAGAAAAGUGACCCUAAUGCAACUGUCUCGAGGGACUGCUGGAAAGUAUUCAUUGAUUGGCAUAUACAAAAAGGUAAGAAAAUACCUUACGACAGUGGUUUACUGGGUGAGCGAUAUUACGUGUUGAGAAAUACAAAUGACUAUAUGGGUGCAAUGGAUGCUUUCAAGCGGUGCCUGGGGCAGUUGUACGUUAAACAGAAUACAAUGCCAGGAGAGCUUAGAAUCAUUGAAAAGUUCCAGAAACUGAUACUCAAGAAAAUGGCCUCAUUGGGUUAUUAUAACAAACCGCUUCAGUUCAUCCAAGAAUGGACUCUUGAUGAAAAGAAUACACUAUACAUGAAAGAAUACUUUUACUUGCACAGACGAAGAUACAAGGAGCGAGUUGAAAAGCACAAGAAGAGGCUCGACCGGCAACUUCAACAAAAGCAGCGUGCUUAUGAUGAAGACGAUGAAGACGAUAUGAUAAUUGGAAGGCUUUGGUAA